GCGGAAACACUGGUGGCCUCAGCUAGAGAGACGGACUGAUACUAGCGUCUUGCCAUGGUGGGGAUGUGCGGCCGCCGUGCCUUCUGGGUUCUAUUUUUCUGCGGAUUUCUCGGAGCAAAGGCGCAGUACACGUGUCACUGUAAGACGCAGUGUCCUGCGGAGUCUGACAACCUCCCAUCAGCAGUCUGCCAGGAAGGAUGCGCGCGUGGGUUCUACGGAAUGCACUGUCAGAACAGAAACGUUGCCCUGGAGAGAAGGGCUUGGCAAGUCAGUACGUAUACAGAUUUCUUAAGGCGUUUCGGGAAAUUGGGUAAAUCUAUCCCCAAUACACCGGAUAGAGCAGUCGACGGAAACGCAAAUACGUUCUACUCGCGGCGUUCGUGUACACAUACAGGCUUAACCGAGACGGCACCCUACUGGACGGUGGAUCUUGGUCAAGCGUAUGACUUGUACAGAAUGGUCAUAUAUCAGAGGAGUACACUAACCGAACGUUUGACCGGUUUCGAGGUGAAGGUUGAUGGCAGACGGUGUUAUCGAUGGGAAAGCGAAGAGGCUCCACCCAUUCGGAUACCCCUAAACUGCGUUCAACCAAUGAGAGGCCAAAACGUCACAGUAGACUUGCCAAAGCGGGAAGACGGUGCCUUACAGAUUCUCACGUUAUGUGAGGUUUUAGUGUUCGCCUGCAACGACUACUGGUUCGGUGAGCAAUGUGAGAAGACCUGCCGCUGCCGUGACCCCCGGGAGAUAUGUAACAAGGUCACAGGUCAAUGCGACAGCGGUUGCGCAAGCGGCUUCAAAGGUGCCGACUGUCAACAAGUUUCAGGAACCAAUCAGGGCGCAUCGAUAAGUCCACGCCCAGGUAUUUCAGGAACCAAUCAGGGCGCAUCGAUAAGUCCCCGCCCAGGUAGAAUCAGCCAGGCCACGUCCAUAGACUUAAUAGGAGGAGUUACCCAGGGACCAGACCCGGGGUCCAGCAACGGUGGCGGGAAUGUCAUGAAUCAACCUACAAGUGGCCAAAUAACAGCUAUAACCUUUGCCGUUAUCAUCGCCCUGGUAGCUGCUAUUUCAUCUCUCCUGUAUUUUCUGAGAUGGAGACAAUCUAAGAGGACCGCGACCCCCGACAGUCAUUAUGAAGACCUCAGUAGGCCGGACGCUCCCGAACACAGAUAUGUGACAAUGUCAGAUGUCGUGCGGAAGCAGAGUACAAACUCAGUGGUCAAGGUCAAGACUGAUACCGAGUCUAAAUGCAGAGACAGUGAGAACCAUUAUGACUAUGUGGUGGACAGCGAAGCGUUUCCUGAAGACCAGGGGUACUUAGUUCCUAUUGGAGGGAUAAAUGCUCCUAGUGCCAAGGAAUAGGAAUCAGACACAAGGAGACGAGACAUAUUUCUCGCACAGCGUAGUUUUCACCGAGAAUCUGGAAAUCUAAACUUGUCGUUAUUGCGAAUGAGUUACUUUGGUGUAUUGCCGCUCUGAGCAGUAACAUCAUAGAGUGUCAGCUCAAAGUUGGAGUGAGAGAGUAAGUAAAUGAGUAUGGUUUUACGCCGCUUUUAGCAAUGUUCCAGCAUUAUCACGGCGGGGGACACCAGAAAUGGGCUUCACACAUUGUACCCAUAUUGGGAAUCGAACCCGGGUCUUCGAUGUGACGAGUGAACGCUUUAACCAUUAGUUACCCCCCACACCAUUAAAGUUGGAGGAAAGCAUGAAAUGAUACAGGCCUCACCACUUUGGUCACGCCUAGGAACACGUGUAUGCUGCUGACAAACCAAGGCAAGCAUAGACAGUUCGGCCUCCCAUCCCCUCUAUUGUUACAGCUGCGAUCUAGGGAGAUCCGUAUUGAAUGAAACUCGCUGCUGCCAAAUCUCCACGUGGUCCAACUAACUGUAUACAACUAGUUGUACCGUGUGAAUGCUCCUUUUUAGAAGUAGUAAUCUGCAUCGGAUUGUAUUAAGAGUUUUGUUAAUUUGAAUAAAGACACAGCAAUGCAGCCAUUUUAUUUGAUCACCACAUGUGUGUAAUAUUGAGGACGGUUUGCCGCCAAGAGUGAAUGACACAACAGGGACACCAUCAGAUGACGUGAUGAUAGAGGGUUUGACUGAUUACGCAUCAGUGGCUGAAUGAUAUCAGAUGCAAUUCCUUGCACCAUAUGUUCCCCUGUCUUUUCGAUGAUCAAUUGACUUGCCUUUGCAUGUGUUUGUGACGGAAGCCACCGAUGGGGCAGGAAUCGCUCACCUUUUCGCGAACACAUAGUAUCGAGUCUAUUUGAUUGUGCUUCAUAAACAAAUGCUCGUGACAUAGUUGGAAUCGUACAAUUUGGUAAAGAUUAUGGAAAGGUUUGUCGCUUUGAUUUGUAUAGUGCUAUAUGAGGUCACAUGAGGGCAAACGAGAAACAGAGUCGUCUCCGAGACUAGAUGAACAAAAGUGAAAUAAAGCAGUGCAGAUAUUUU